UUGCCGUGCCUUGCCUUUCAGCUCCCUGUGUGCAGUUUUGCUGGGACGGUGCUCUGAAAGCGGGGCUCGCCAUGUUCGAGGAGGACGACGUGGAUUUAAACUACCCUGACAGUGUGAAUCCCCACAGUAGAGACGCGUCCGUCCCCUCGACGGGUGUGUGCGGGGUUUCAGUCCUGUCCUGUCUGUUGCUGGCUUGCUCGUAUGUAGGGAGCCUGUACGUGUGGAGGAGCGAUUUACCAAGGGAUCACCCUGCUGUGAUUAAGAGGAGGUUCACCAGUGUUCUCAUCGUCUCCACACUCUCGCCUCUCUUCGUGUGGACAUGGAAGGAGUUCGCCGGCAUCAGAUCCAGCCAGUCGCUGUUAGCUCUCAUGGGUAUCCGUGUGGAGGGCCUCCUCGCCGCAGCCACCCUGCCCCUCCUCCUCACCAUGGUGCUGUUUUUGGGGCCACUGAUCCAGCUCGGCAUGGACUGCUCCUGGGACUUCGACGGGCUCAAGGUCGGGUUUGACCCGCGGUUCUGGCUGCUCUGCCUGUCUGAUAUGCGCUGGCUGCGGAAUCAAGUUGUGGCCCCUCUGACGGAGGAGCUGGUGUUCCGUGCCUGCAUGCUGCCCAUGCUGGCUCCCUGCGCUGGGCUGAGCCUGGCCAUCUUCACCUGCCCGCUCUUCUUCGGAGUCGCUCACUUCCACCAUGUCAUCGAGCUGCUGCGAUUCAGACAGGGGACCGUAGGGGGCAUCAUCCUGUCCGCAGGUAAGAGAAGGAGCUCCUCAGCAUAGGGGGGGCAUCAUCCUGUCCGCAGGUAAGAGAAGGAGCUCCUCAGCAUAGGGGGGGCAUCAUCCUGUCCGCAGGUAAGAGAAGGAGCUCCUCAGCAUAGGGGGGCAUCAUCCUGUCCUCGGGUAAGAGAAGGAGCUCCUCAGCAUAGGGGGGCAUCAUCCUGUCCACAGGUAAGAGAAGGAGCUCCUCAGCAUAGGGGGGGCAUCAUCCUGUCCGCAGGUAAGAGAAGGAGCUCCUCAGCAUAGGGGGGGCAUCAUCCUGUCCGCAGGUAAGAGAAGGAGCUCCUCGGCAUAGGGGGGGGGCAUCAUCCUGUCCGCAGGUAAGAGAAGGAGCUCCUCAGCAUAGGGGGGGCAUCAUCCUGUCCGCAGGUAAGAGAAGGAGCUCCUCGGCAUAGGGUGUGCUUGGAAGGGCCAGCCUCGGUGGGUCGAACAGCCUCUUCUCGUCCCUUCUGUUCUCGUGUGUUUGAUUCGGACCCAGGCUGGAGAAGCUAGUGAUCUCCUGGUUGUGUGUGUGUUUUUGGUUUAGACUGUGCAGUCGGGGUAAUCUCUAUUGGAUGGAUUCUUGUAGAGACGAACAUUGCAGGUCAGCAUCUGCACUAACCAGCCCUUGUUCUCUGUGUGUUUCAGUGUUUCAGUUCUCGUACACGGCUGUGUUUGGGACAUACACAGCUUUCGUCUUCGUCCGGACAGGUCAGUGCACCCCGUCAUGUUAC